AUGGAAUUAUGCAAGUCCAACGGUGAGGAAAAAAAAAAAAAGCAAAAGAAGGAAGAAAACCUUAAUCCUGGAGUAAGUUUUCUGGGCCAUCUACCUACAACACUUUCUGAAAGCCAUAUCUAUGAGUACUUGGCCCAGUUUGGUGCCAUUAGUGAAUUCAGAUUGUCCAGAAAUAAGUGGACUGGACACAGCAGAGGCUACGGCUUUGUGGAGUUUGAAUCUGAGGAUGUUGCCAAGACAGUUGCAGAAACAAUGGAUAACUACCUUUUUGGCAAAAGACUUCUAUUAUGUAAAUUUAUGCCUCCGGAAAAAGUUCAUAAAGAACUUUUUAAAGAGCGUAAUGUUCCAUUUCAUCAGUCAUCAAUUCCAGCCUUGAAGAGCUACAGUCAGAAAUUAGGACAUUUGCAAAUGUUAACUCUGGAAUAUUGGUUUAAGAAGAAGGAAAAAUUACUCUGGAAGAGACUAGCUAAGAAGGGGAUUGAUUAUACUUUCCUGGUUCAAAUAUCCUGCAACACGUUCCCUUCAUUGGUCUUACCUAAACCGAAGAAAGGGAUUUCAGAAGGCAUUCCUGCCGCUCCUGAGUAUCCUGAGGACGCUAAGGCUACCCGGGUUUUACCUACCCCCAAGAGAAAGGCUUUCAGGGUACCUAGGAAAAAGGAGAUGUUGAAGAUGUUGAAGAAAGGAGUUACCAAAAAAAAAAAAAAAAAAAAGUCGUAGAAAGUGUAAUAGGUAUAAGAAAAGUCUCUGAACAACCAGAUUCCCACACCAGUUUGUACACCAGCACUUUUUGAAAGACGAAAGUUACAGGUAAUAGAAGUCAAUGACGAUAGAGAUAAUGAAAUCAUUUUCAAACAGCCUGUUCCCACAAUGAAAGAAGAGGGGCAGGAGACUCCAAAACCUGCAGACUGA